AUGGUUAAGUACACAUUCAAGCCGCAAAACACGACGAAAACCUCCAUGGCGCGUGGGGACGAUUUGAAAGUCCAUUUCAAAAACACGUUGAACACUGCUGCCGCCAUUAAGGGCAUGAAGGUGACCCGCGCUCAGGCGUACUUGAACAAUGUCUUGAAGAGAAAGGAAUGUGUUCCAUUCAGAAAGCACAACGGUGGUGUUGGAAGAUCUGCCCAGACAAAGGGAAUGAACUGUGCUUUUGGAAGAUGGCCAGUCAAGUCGUGCAACUUCAUCUUGAAGUUGAUUAAGAGCGCUGUCGACAACGCCAAGGCUAAGGGCUUGAAUACUAACCUCCUCGUCAUCAGCCACAUCUGCGUCCAUCAGGCGAGACAAACCAGAAGAAGAUUGUACAGAGCUCAUGGUUCAAUUAACACCUUCGCAAGCUCCCCAUCCCACAUCGAGAUCGUCUUGACUGAAAAGGAAAAGAGAGUUGUCAAGCCAAAGACCGCUGAUGCUGACAAGAAGGCUCCAAAACACUUCUUUAAACCAAUCUACAAGAUGUUCUAA